UAUCAGGGUAUACAACAAACGACAGCAAGCGGUGAUGUUGAGAGCGUCUUUGCCCAUCAAGUUGUUCCAUAAUUAGAAGCUGUAUUUCUGCGGAGAGGGUAGUUAUUGAGAGGACUGGAAUAGAUGAAGACGAAGAGAAGAAGGGGAGAGAGAAAGAGAGAAGAGAUGCCUCAGGCUCGCUUCUUUGUGCAACGUUUCCUCCACUGCACCAGCUAUACUUGUUUUCCCACCAGCACUGCCAAAAGAUUUAUCGGCCAUUUCUUCAAAACGCUUGGUAGAUCGGAUAAACAUGGCCUCAGCCAUAAUCACAACCGCAAUCGCAACUCCACGCCUGGGCAGAAAGACAAAGGCGCUAUAUUAGAGAGCAAAGCGCUUUCUAUAUAUAGCCCUCUUGUUUCGAUUCCAUUCCAUGUCGAGUCCACUAAUCGGCUGAUCGUCUCGAAAGCGGCUCGAAACAUCCUGACCAUGAGAGUUGGCUGUGGUUGGAACUGUCGACGUCCGCUCCCCAUCGCCUCGUCCUAUUGGGCAUCAACAGGUUACCAUUGCUCCGACGACAAAGAGGCCGAACGACAGGGAACGCUUGGACGCAUUGGUGAAUAGAGCGUCGAUUUAGCUCUGAAUGCACAUUGGAACUCUUUGGUUGACGCUGCUGACACUUCCCAAACAUCGGUUAACACAUUAGGCCUGUUGCAGAAUGACAAAGAUG